GAGAAUUGUGUGUGUGUGUUGCAAUGCCCACUUCUUUCUCUCUUUGGCAUUGAAAACCUUUUCUUUUUAUUUACCAGUGGCCUCCAAGGUGUUCUAAAUUUUCGCCUCUCGAAUAUCGGUAAUCUUUCUUUGUGUCGAAUCCCGACGACAGAGCAAAGUGCAAGAGAGUGAUAAGAGCAGUGUUUUUGAGGGAGGAUGACUCAGACAGGUUGACGUUUUCUACAAGAGAAAGCGAAUCGCCGUCAUGAUUAGUUGCGUCCGUCUGUUUCUCCUUGUUUCUCUCUGUUUUUGGUCGUGAGAAUGAGAGCUGUAGUGCUGUGAGCUGGUGAAUUUGUACCAAACCCAGAAAUCAACCCCUCGCACAGAAGGAGGGAGUUGAGUGUGAGUGUUCCCCACGAGAUUGUGUCUGUAUAAAAAUGAAUUCACUCCGAAAGUGGCUCUACAAACCGAAGAAACAUGAUACAUCUUUGCUGGCCCAGUUUUACUAUGCAGAUGAGGAGCUUAAUGCAGUGGCCACUGAAUUGGACAGUUUCGAUGGAAGGAAAGACCCAGAACGUUGUGCAUCUCUUGUUUAUCAGCUAAGGCAGUGCCAGGACAAGGUGCUGACAAUAUGCAGUCAGUUGAUGGACGAAGUGAUGCCCAUCGACAGAGCAUGCAGGGAUUUCAGAUCCAAGUUUCCUGAUGAUGUUUUGCAAGAGAACCUAGCUGGACAGUUAUGGUUCGGUGCUGAGUGCCUGGCAGCUGGUUCAAGUAUUUUAAAUAGAGAAACGGAAAGUGCAGUGAUGCGUCCUUUGGCGAAAGCGUUGGCCAAAUCGCUGGAGACGGUGCGGGAACAACUACGUGAGCAGUGCCUCCGUAACUCGAUGGAGUUUCCCGACAAGCUACGCGAAAGCCUGUGCUUGUUCGAUAGGCUCUUUGCCGAAUUCGAGCUGAGUUAUGUCAGCGCUAUGGUUCCAGUAAAAACAGCGCUCGAGUACAACCACCAGCAGGACAUCAUUGUCCUGUUCUCUGAGACGUUACAACGUGCCUUGAGUCUGGGACUUUUGUCCCAAGACUUGGUAGACGCCUGUGAUCCCGCGCUUAUGUUCACUAUCCCGCGGCUUGCCAUCGUUUGUGGUCUUCUCGUUCUUCCUGACGGACCACUCAAUCUUCAAAGGCAGCUGUCAGAACUCUUCCGACCUUUCCGUAAUCUACUGUGUAAAAUUCGCGAUCUGCUGUGGACCCUAACUAGCCAAGAACUGCAGCUCCUCGAAAAGGCUCUUUGUUCCACGGACCCAACUCCGACGUCGGACUCAUCUGGCACUUACCCCAUGUGCAAGGCGGAUGAGUACAUAACAAAGUUUCAUCAGGAUUACCCAACCACUCAGAGAGUGGCAGGAAAGCUGUCACAAAAGAAUAACAGCAGUAGUAACGCGGCUCCCGCGGAAGUGGCCAACGCAGACCAAGGUCGGACUGGUCACACAGUUGAGCGAAGGACCAAUGACGAAGGCGAUACCAGCUCGUGUUCUAGUACGACGUCGUCAGCAUGCGGUACGAAUAGCGACAGCUCCUCUGUCACGUCCGCCGCCUCCGAGUGUCAAGAUGACGAAGAAAUAGCGCUGGCCCUGCAAGCGGCUGAAAUUGCUUCACGGAAUCAAAUUCGUGGCCGAUUUAAAAGCAGCGAAGACUUGAUCCACAGACUCUUUGUCUGCAUUUCUGGCGUGGCGGAUCAGCUGCAGACCAACUUCGCAUCAGAUCUACGCGCCAUUCUCAAGGCUGUUUUUCUAAUUAACGCCUCCCCGACGGAAGAGGAGGAGGAGCCAGUGGAAGAAGCUGAAGAAGGAGAAGAGGAGGUGGACAGCGGCAAUUCGGCGUCAUUGCUGGAUGACGCCUGGUACGUCAACAACAGCUCAUUCUUGACAUUCCCUGGCCAGCAGUUCCAGCAGGAGACGUCCGAAGAGGAGAGACGAAGCUCGCUACCGAGCAACGUGCCUUUCCGCCUUAGCCAAUCGACACCGUCGCCAGACGGGUCACCUGUCGACGACGAUGACAGUGGGCUGCUUCAACCGGAUCACGCCGAAACGGAUUCGCUGGAUCAAACGCCACCGUCCAGUCUGAGUCAGACGUCGGAUGGAACGCCUCCAUUGACUAUGCAUCGGGCCACUACAGUAGCUCCGUACUCGGGCAGCCCCAGCAGCACAUUCCCACUUGACGGGCAGCUUUCGACGCCACCGGCCUGGAUUCCCGACGAGUCGGCGCCACACUGCAUGUCCUGUCAAUCGGUUUUCACUGUCGUUCGCCGUCGCCAUCAUUGCCGAAAUUGUGGGAAAGUCUUUUGCGGCAAGUGCAGCGCUAACGCUGUCCCUUUACCUCGCUACGGCCACGUCAAGCCCGUCCGCGUCUGUAAUCGAUGCUUCAUGUUCCACGUGACACAUUUCGCCGUGACGGAGGCCUCUCUCUCCUAAUAACGAUUCUACAGCUACAUUACUACACUACCCGCCUCUUGCCCGUUUGUCGCACUUUCCAGGAGACUACGCACAAUAUUCUCUACAAAAGGAAUCACCACAUUGACCAUGAUGACGAAAAGCAAUUACAAAUUGACCUUCAGAUUAUAUCAAACCAAGCCCCGUCUGCUCUUUUGGUUCCCCAAUUUUCCCAUGCAACCCUUUUAUUAAUUAUUAUUAUACUCCCGGCAUCGUCAAAUUUACAUCUUGCGGGUGGUUAGUGACUAGUGACAGGACGAAGCCGUGUUGCCUUGUACAGUUCGCGUAUCUCGCCCUCAAUAACCACACAUGCGCGCUCCUAUUGUUCCUUUUCUGUACAAUUAUUAUUCAUUUUUUUUUUUUGUUUUUUUUUUUUUUAUUGGGUCUUUCUUAUUGAAGCAAUUAUUUGAUUGCGAAAUAGUCUUGAUCGUCGCCGGAAUUUGGAGCUACAGUUCUGGUGAUCGAUGGCCUCCGUGAGACCACAAACAUGAAAUUUUUCUUCCCUUCCCUUACUUUACCCCCCUCCCGCAAGAUGAAGAAAGAAGAAUUUAGAAGAAAUUGAAGAAUGAAUUAGAGAAAUUUGAACAACUUAAUCUGGUGUUGGUUUAUUUUGUUUAAGGUUUGGAUCGAACUGCAGCCUGCCCUUACAAUCUUUGCAGUUUCCCUACCAGUUUCCCCCCCCCCAUCCUUUAUACCAAUGUCACUUGAUAAUCGGCCCAAAACAUCUUGUUUUGAUCGUCAAAAUAUCCACAAGGAUUAUGCGACGAAUGUGUAAUUGUAUAUUCAAUCCAUUCUCCCUCCCCUCAAUUGGUAUUCGAUUUAAUACCACUUUCUUGCUGGACACACUGCUGACCUGUUAUAUUAUAUAUUCUCCUUCUUUAUGAUAGCUACGCAAUAAUAAAAUUGUUGUUUCCGAUCACGA